AUGACUUUCGCCUACGCCACCUUGCUUCACGGUGAGGACUACGUGGCAGGCGCACUUACCCUUGGAAAUACCCUUAGAGAGUUGGGAACCAAGGCCCAAUUGGCUAUAUUGCUAGACAAGGCCAGUGUGACGGAGAAGCUGGUUUCAUUAGUUGAAGCCGUCUACGACGAUGUUAUUGACAUCAGCGAGUCUCUGGUGCAGGCACCAGUUGAACACGUGGCUCUGAAGCUAGGACGAAGCGAAUUGGCCAUCACGUUUUCCAAGAUCCUUCUUUGGAACUUGAAGUACGACCAUGUUGUUUUUCUUGAUCUGGACACGUUGCCAUUGAAGCCGUUAGACGGGCUUUUCGAAGAGUUCAAGGGCAUCAGUACGCUGGAGAUUGUGGCUGCUCCCGAUAAUGGGUGGCCUGAUUUGUUCAAUCUGGGUGUUUUCUUGAUCAAGCCGCUGAAGGCUGUUUUUGAGGAACUUCUGGAAUUCGCCAAGGAGCAGCCUUCUUUUGAUGGAGCGGACCAGGGGCUUCUUAACGAAUUCUUCACCCUUUCGCCAGGCAAAUACUCGUGGAAAAGGCUUCCGUACCUCUACAACGUCACUCCUUCAGCACACUACCAGUAUGUGCCAGCCUUGGAGCGUUUCAAGGACGAUGUAAAAUUAGUGCAUUUCAUUGGCGCUGGGAAACCGUGGCAUGCCCGUUCUGACGGAGACGAGCAGUUCAGGCUGCUUUGGUGGUCCAAGUUUGACCAGUUCUACGAGGACGAGUCUGACAGGAUCCACCUUUUGCUGAGACCCGGCGAGGCGCAUCUGUUGCGUUUCAACAAAUUGGAAAACGUCUGGGACGAGAGCAGUCUUCCUGCAAUUGAGGAUUUGGCUGUUGAUGAACCGGAGCCUCCAAAGAAGGUGUUUCCCUGGGAAGAACGAGAGCGUGUGCAGCCCACCAGGGUGUGGGAACCGGUGAACUGGUCUAGAGAAAAGCAACCGUCGAGAGAAAGAAGAGUCAGUUUGGAAGGCCAGACGGAGGCCAAGAUCCUGCUGGUUGGAACGGGCAGAUCGUUACGGAGAGCCAGUAACCAGUUCAACGAGGAUCUGAAGUUCAAUCCGGAGAAAUCGCUUGAGGAGGUUUCCAAGAUGCCGUUGAUGUUUUUGGCCAAGAAGAAGAACGAGAAGGAGGGAGAGAAGUGA